AUGAUGGCUGGUCCAGAUGAGACGUCAGAUGUCCAACCUACUGGCGUCAAACGGCCCUUGCUCGAUGUUGAAAGUCUACAGCGGAAGAAGUUCAAGACGGAAGAGCUGCCAUUGACCGCAGCGCAGCGCACCGCGAUUGAGGACCUUCUGCACGCUUUUAAGAAAAAAGGAGGAUUUGAUAAUGUGCGCAAGAAAAUCUGGGCUGAAUUUCACGACGGAGAAGCAAGAGCCGAGUUUACGAAGUUAUUGAUAGAACUAGCAGAGUCGGAAAUAGAGCGCGAACCGGAGCUUCUAUCCCGUGAACGAGGAAAAGCCGCGACAUUGAUAGAGGGUGCAGUUGAUCGGAGCGACGUCUACAAGAAAGCCGAAAAGCUUAUUGAUGCGCUGGCCUCAAAUCACCUGCAGUUCAUCUUAGAUUCUGUCAGGGAGAUCCGUCGUCAGCAAGUCGGAGACGAGCUCGCUGCGAAAGAGGAGCAAGCCGGCAACAAAACAGACGAGGAUUUCGCUGCGGAGAUAAGAGCUAAGCGUGAGAUACGCGAACGAGAAUGGCAGGAGACGGUGCGCAAACAGAGAGAACUCGAAGAGCAAGAAGCUCGUCGAAAGGCCGAAGAGGAACGCAAGAAGCGCGAGAUCGAACGCCAAAAGGAGGAGGAAGAAAGGGCAAGACGGAAAGAGCGUGAGGAGCAGCGACGUGCAGAGCGUGAGCGCCAGCGGGAAGAGGAACGGCGACUUGAAGAGCAACGAGAAAAGGAACGACAGGAAAGAUAUGAGCGCCGGAGACGAGAAGAGCGCGAAAGAUACCGUGACUGGGAUCGAUCUAGGGACCGUGAUCGCAGUCGAACCAGGGACAGGGACAGAGACAGGGACAGGGAUAGGGACAGGGACAGGGACAGAGACAGAGACAGGGAUCGAGAGCGCGACUAUGACCGCCCUCGCUCAAUAGGCUACCGAUCACCGCGAUAUCGCGAUUCGAGGAGAGAGAAGUCCGUUACUCCGAAGGAGCCAACGCAGGCGCCUCCACCGCCUCCACCGCCUCCUGUUGCCGUAGAUGAUAAGUCGCUGGAAGAGGCCGCUCUCCAACUGCUGCUUAAAGAGGGCGAGGAGCUUGCCGCUAAGGCGCGCCAGAAACCGGACUUUGACUUUGAAGAAGCUGAGGCCAUCGAGAACGGUCUUAAGCCCCCGCCGACUAAACCAAAAGGCGCAACAGAAUCGAGGUAUUCCAUUACUCCAUUGAAGUCCGCCAGUCCGUCUGUCGAUAUGGACCAACGCCGAAGGCGAGACUCGACUGUUGAUGACCGUCAUCGCCCGUAUAGACGCGACGGCAGCCGGGAGCGCAGCCGCUCACGGAGAAGAUACACACCUCGCUUUGAUGAUGAUCGUCGACGGGAACGAUCUCGUGAUGCUUCUAGUCGCCCGCGUGAUCGUAACCCUGAUGAUAGGGUUGCCAUACGGGAUUUCAGGGCUAACCGAUAUGGCGACCGUAGCUACCGCCCUAACCGCAGAAGUAGGAGCAGGUCAACUGGUCGUGGCUAUGACCGGGACAGGGACCGCAGCAGGGGUCGAGAUCGCAGUGCUGAACGCGAGAAAGAUCGAGCUCGAGAUCGCUCGCGUCUAACGGAUGAACGGGAACGAGACCGUGAUCAUCGCACUCGUGAUCGCAGCAGAGAUCGAGAUCGAGAGAGAGAGCGUGAUAGGGAUCGGGACAGAGAACGCGAAAGGGACCGGAAUCGGGAUUAUCGGCGUCGCAGUUACUAUUCUCGGUCUCGUUCACGAGCUCGACGCGGACGAUCGCGCUCUGUCUCCCGCGCUAGAGAUCGGAACCAAGAUCGGACUCGAGAUGAACGAGACCGACGCGGACGAUCGCGAUCUGCCUCCCGCGCUAGAGAUCGGACUCGAGAUGAACGAGACCGAGACCGAGAACGAGAUAGAGAGCGAAAUCGUGAUCAAGAACGACAUCGAGACGGAGACAAAGAACAAGGCCGGGUUCGGGAAGGAGACCGUAAAGAUGAGCGAGGAAGAUCCAGGUCGCGCAUUCCGAAUCCCUCUCGAAGACCGUCUCGCUCCCGACGGCGUUCCCCCAGUACUCUUGACAUCGACCGCUAUGUGCCCCCAACGAGCCAUCGGAGCAGAUCCCCCCGAAGGCGUGUCCGAUCUCCAGAUCGCCCAGAGCGAGAUGAUCGUCGAGGGUUCGUGGAGAUUGAUCGGUACAUACCCGGUAGCGAGCGGGAACGCGAAAAGGCUCGAGAUGGAGAGAAAGAGAAGGAAAACGAAGAAAGGAAAGAUAAAGGCGCGGAGCUUCCUGAUCGCGAAGCGGAUGACCGCGGGAUACGGAAACUUAGCGCCAGUCAAAGGAGAAGCAGGAGUCGAUAG